AUGCCAGAACAACCCCAACUCAAAGUCACCGGCCUGCCCACCAUGGGUUCCGAAGAAGCAGCAGCGACGACAUCCCCCGCCCGAGGCGCGGAGAUGCGCAACUUCCUCCAAGCACGACUCCAGAAGAACCGCGCUCCACCACUCGUACACAGUUGGGACUUCUGGCACGACAGGCAGGAGAAGUCGCCCGCACCACCGUCGAACGGCAGCAACGGAGCAGCAGAGGGGUCGUACGAGGACAGGCUGGAGGUGUUGGCGAUGGUGGACGACGUGAAGAAGUUCUGGAACGUGUUCAACAACUUCGACAUCGGCCGGCUCGCGCUUCGGGACAGUGUGCACCUGUUCCACAAGGGUGUGAAGCCUGUGUGGGAGGAUCCGAGGAACUCACGUGGAGGGGCGUGGACGUUUCGCGUGCCCAAAGCGGUGGCUGUGGAGUUCUGGAGGGAUGUGUGCCUGAUGGCGAUUGGCGAACAGCUGCAGAACGCCGUGGAGAGCGACCGGACGACGUUUCGAGACGACAUAUGUGGAAUCAGUCUGGGUGUACGGUUCAACAGCAUGUUGAUACAGAUAUGGAACAGGGACGGGGAGCAUCAGGAGGGAGUCAAUGGGAUCCUGACGACUGUACUGGAGAAUCUGAGUCCGGAGCUUAAACUAAAGGAGGGCAGCUACUACUACAAGAAGCACAGCGAACAUGCUGGGUUCACUGGCUCGACUUCGGAUUCGGCAAACAACUCACGGCCUGCAUCGGCCUCAUCUGCGACCAGUCAGGCUAGCAGUACGGCCAACGACCAAGGGAUGCAAUCACUCAACGCCAUUGUGGACCAAGGGUCAGGAUGGUGA